AUGGAAUGGAAACUAUCAGGUGAAAUUAAACCUGAGAGUGAUGAUGAAGCCUUCUUCGAAGAACGAGUCAAUCAUUCGUGUUUCAAGUUAAAACGAUAUCCAUCGAGCUUUUUUAUAUUCGGAGGUUAUUCAUCGUACUCCAAGAAGUAUAAUGAUAUUGUUAAAUUCAGAAGUCAAGUGAAUCCAAAGAACAAUGACUAUGAAUGGACCUAUUCCAUCGUUUCAAAGGGAAAUUCAUAUGAAGCUAAAAAGUCCUCAAUGUUUGGAAUGUUCGGAUUUGGUGGAUCUACAACGAACAAAUCGGCGUCAGCUACUGGUCCUCAAUAUCCAACAGCUCGAGAAGGACAUACUACCAUUGUGUGGGAAACUGAAGUGUUAAAGUACAAUCCAACGACCAAAACAGAGGAAUAUGUCAUGGAAGAACAAGUAAUUUUAUUUGGUGGAUAUGACGGAAGUGCAUAUUUGAACGAUGUUUGGGUUUUAGACACUUCACAGUGGAAAUGGACAAAAUGUGACAUUGAUUCAAAACAAAGCAGACCUUGUGGAAGAAAGAUGCACACUGCCAUGCUCUAUAAUGAUUGUAUGUGGAUAUUUGGUGGAGACAGUGGAUCAGAUCCAUUAAAUGAUUUUUGGUGCCUCGAUUUAGAAACAAAAACAUGGACACAAGUAGCCUUUGAUAAAACUAAGGCUCCAGAACCACGAUAUGGCCAUUCUGGCGUUGUCAUUGAUAUGAGUCCUAUUUAUGAAACCCAAGCAAAACAAUUGUAUAAUGAAAUGUUAAAAAAUAAGAAUAUUGAUAAGAGUGAAAUCAAAAUGCCAACCAUAGAGAAAAAUCAAUAUCACAUGAUAAUUAUGUUUGGCUUUUCCAAUAUUCAUGCAAUGUAUAUAGGUAAAAUAACAGAAAAACUGAACACUAAGCAAUUAGGAGGAACUUGCUACAAUGACGUGUGGUCAUUUAAUUUUAAUACUAGCAAAUGGCAUUGCUUAACAGAUCCAUCAAAAAGUGCACAGGAUGACAAGGAUAAAGGCUUUAUUACCAAAAUGGUAGACGUCACAAAGGGUGUUACUAACGCCACUUUUUCACAGAUCAAAGGUCUUGGAAAACAAUUAGAAAUUUCUGGAAAAACAGCCUGGUCUGAAAUUGCAAGAUUUACGCCCUUUUAUACUUACUCAAGUACUACAAGUUAUGGCUCAGUCGCGACAAGUCUGGCUCAACCUCCUGAAGAACGAUACUGUUCUGCUGUUGUAAAUAUUGGAAGAGGAUGUUUGUUAAUAUUUGGAGGAGUUCGAGAUUUAACACACCGAAGAGAUUGCCAUAUUUUAGAUCUUGUUAAUGAAUCAUUUGUACCAGUCCCUAGAAUGAUCAAACUCAAAGACUCAUGGCCAACGGCAAGAAAAGGUCACGUGAUGAUUUACGAUGAACAAGAAGACUUGGUCUAUGUGAAUGGUGGUAGCAACUUCAAAGAAGGAAUUCAAAGUGGUAUUGCUAUUGCAAGUGCUAAACAACUCAUUGAUUUGCUUCAUGUUGGUAUCGAAAAAGAAACCGCAACCGAAGAGGACGACAUUGUCCAACAAGCAGAAAAUGAGCUGAAAACAACUGAGAAAAAUAUUUAUGAGGAUGUCAAGACGGAUCAAACUCAAGACCAAAAGAAUCAAUUGAUUAGGCUCAUUGAGACAGAAACGAUCAAAAUUCAAAAGAAUCCAAAAGCUAUUGAUUCAUACAGAACAAGAGCAGACUGCUACAUGAAAUUGAGGGCAUGGGAUAAAGCUAAUUCCGAUAUUGAUGAAGGUCUACGAUUAGCUCCCAACGACACUGACUUCAAAAUGAAGAAGGGUAUUAUUCUAAGAAGAAUCAAAAACUCAGAAGGGCACUUUCCAAGCAACUUGGUGCUACGAGGUUAUAAAAUUAGAGCCAAGUGUCGGAUAAAAGAAAGAAACUUUAAUGAGGCCAUUGCAGAUGCCAACAAGUUUUUGAAAUAUAUUGAGAGUCUUGAUAUGAUAGAUGUAAAGGAAAAGAAGAAUAUUGACUUUGUAUCUAUUGCAUCUUGGUUAGCUUCUAUCUAUAUUGUUAAGGCGACUGCAUUUGAGAGAAAGAAACAAUAUGAGACUGGACUCACUACCAUUGAAAGUGGAAAAGAACAGGUUCAACAAUUUUUGAAAAAGGUCAAAAAAUCUAAUUUCAGUUUGACUGAUUUGCUAAGUUUUAAGAAUGAGAAACCACAAGAUGUUUAUCUUAGGGAAAAGCUUGAGAAAUAUGAGAGUUUUUUACUACAAAAGAAAGAUAAGAGUUUACUCGUUGAUGGUACUUUUAAAACUGCAAAGGUGCUCAUUGACUCCUUUAAGACGAAAUUAAAUGAGCUCGACGCUGUAAAAUUGAAGGAGCAAGAGGAGAUCAUUGAAGAAGAAACAAAAUCAUUGGACACUUUCUUUGAGGAAUAUUUAUUUAAAGAAAUGAGUGCAGAUGUGAUAGAGACCGAUUGUGAUCAAGCGAUUGAAUUGUUAAAACAAGUCAUUUCUUGGGAACCUUUUGAAAUCAAGUACAUCAUUGCUCUCUCAGAAGCGUAUUACUUACAAACUGAUUACAAGUCCAGUAUCAAAUAUGCCAAGAAAGUGAUUGAAAUGGCAGUAGACUAUUGGAAGGCAUACUAUAUUGCUGCUCUUUGCUAUUUAUCGAAACGAAAAAUACCCAAAGCUCUUGAGAUGCUCGAGAAGGGAAUUGAAAAUUGUGAAGUUGUCAAUGCAGCAGAUGAAUACAGAGAAAUGGAUGGCAUUUCGGACCGUGAAGGUUUCUCUCAACUGCUACAAGCUAAAAAGGACGCUGAAAAGAAAAAGGAAGCCAUGAAAAAGGCUUCAAAUUUAUCAAAGUAUGCCAAACAAUUGGUGCAAAUUUCAAACUUUGAAGAUGCUCUAUUGACUAUUAACGAAGUUAUAGAAAUGGAUCCUACUAAUAUAUCCUACCUGGCUGAUAAGGUUGAUAUUUUGAUUGAAAAGAAGAAAUAUCUACAUGCCUUGAAGGUUGCUGUAUUAGCAACAAGAAUCUCUCCAAAGAGCUAUGAAGGAUAUUUAGCACAAGGUGUUGCUUUGCAAUUUUUGAAGAGAUAUUUCCACUCGAUUCAAGUUUUGGAGAAGGCUUUAAAAAUGUUCCCAGAAAAUUCCAAUAUUAAGCAACAAUUGAUGAAAUCCAAAGAUUUAUACAAAAAAAAGCAAAUGGCUCAAAUGAAAUAUGAACGAGCACUCUUUAUUCUUCAAGAUGCUGAGCAAGAGAUUGUAAAUGAGAAUUCAAAAAUUAAGCUCUACAAGAUUAAUAUUACUACUUUAGAACCCUCUAAAAAGAUUAUUUCUCAAGUGGAACAAAUUGUUCAACUCCUUGAUGAAGCCAUUGAACUUUAUCCCUAUGUGGCAGAUUUUUACUUCUCCAAAGCUAAAUGUAGAUAUUUACUCAGAAAUUACAUCCAAAGCGUUGCACAUAUCAAAGAGGCUAUUGAAGUCAUGAAACAAAUCACCGACGGAUUAUAUUUGUCAUUUUUGAGUCAGAGAAGUAAAGGUUCAGAACUUGAUGAGGAGAAGAAGGAAAAUACGGUCGAUCGAGUUCAUGUUGAUUUCAUAUUUGAGGCUAUUUCUCUCGGUUCUAGAGCAUAUGCUUCCAUGCGGCAAUUUGAUAUUGCCAUUAAUUAUUUAAAGGACAUGUCUUUUAGACAUACUGCUCCAAAGAAGAAGAAGCUUGAAGAUUAUGAGCGCCAUUUAUAUUUAAAUCCUGACCAUUUAGAAAAGCUUGAAGAAUUAACAAACAGAAUUACAGGAUUUAAAAAGGCAAGAGAAAAGUUCGACUUUUUGGUGAAAUCUGGAAUGGAAUUUAAAUCAAAUUCUGAUUUUAAUGGAGCCAUCAGCUUCUUUAGUGAUGCUUUGCAAUUGAAUGGCGCUAAUGAUGUUGAGGAAAGAACUCAAGAUGACAGAGACUAUGCCUCUAUUUACUUUGAAAGAGCUGAAUGCUUUUAUGAACUUGGUGAUUAUGACAAGGCCAUUGAAGAUGCUGAACAAGCAGUGAAAUUAGAACGUACUUUCCCACACUUUUAUGUUCUUUUAUGCAAUGCUUUAAUGGAAGCAGGAAAAUUGGAAGAAAGUGUUGCAAAGUGCAAUAUUGCUCUCUCUGAAUCUCCAUAUAAUACUCCUCUCAAUGAUGUAUGGCACAAUGUCAAGUUAAAAACUGCAAGUUAUGAAGCAGAAAAACAUUAUGAAGAAGGAAGUCAAGCCAUGGAAGCAGGCGAGUUUGAUGUAGCCAUUAGUUGUUUGAAUAAGGCAGUACGAUUGAGGCCAAAUAAUAUCAACUAUCUAUUAGCACGAUCUCAAUCUCUCUAUGAAAGACUUAAAUAUAAGAGAGCACUCGAUGAUUGUCAAAAUGUUUUAAAAUUUGAUUCAAAGAACAUUGUAGCGAUUCGUCUAUGUGCUGAUAUUCAGGUGAGUCUCAAGAACUUUUCAGAAGCAAAGGCGGUUCUUCAGAAUGGCAUGGAUCUCUAUCCCAAGGAUAAAACGCUUCGUCAACGUCUAGAAAAAUUAAUUACACUAGAAAGUCAAUGGAAUGAAGCUUAUCUGAGAGCAAGAGAUGCCGAAGAUUGUUACAACAAUGGAAAUUAUGAACAGUGUUUAGAGUUGUAUUCAAUUGCCAUUCAACUCCAUUCAGAUUGUGCCCAAUAUCUGUGUCGAAGAGCGAGAGUCUUGUUGAAACUUUCUCAACCUGAAUUGGCUCUCGUAGAUGCUCAGAAAGCAGCAGAAAUAGACACAAGUGAAGAGGUGUAUGCAACUCUUGCAACCAUUUAUCUUGAAUUGUGUGAUUAUGAGAAGGCAAAAGAUGUUAUUGAAGAAAGUUUAGCCUUUGAUGGUGAAGAGGAAGAUGAAAGUAUCGAAACCUUACUCUUACUCAAAGAAGAAAUUUACGAUCGUGAAUCAAAGAGUCUCUCGGCAAAAGAAAAAGAUGAAGAAGGACAAAUAUUCUUUGAAAGAUAUAUGCUUCAUCUCAAACAAAAGAAGGACGAAAUUAAGAGGGAAAAGCAAGAACAAAACGAAACAGAGCAACAUGAAGACGAGGAAAAUCUUUAUAGUUCCAUUUUUAGCAAAUUGAGUAUUUUCAAUUUUGGAGCUAAAAAGACGAAUCCUAUCGACAGAUUGGUUGAUCAAGAUGAUCACUCGUAUGAAGAUUUACUCAAAGCACAAGAGUUAUUUUCUGAAGCAGUCUUAUUAGAACCUAACAAUAAGAGGUACAUGAGGCAUCAUAUUGAAGCCUUGAUGUUGGAUAACAACUCUGAGAAGCAUGAUGAGGCGUUCAAUCAAGCAGCAACCAUGAUUCAAAUGUUUCCUAAUUAUACUGACGGAUUUUGUACAGCAGCUCGCUUACAUGCUGAAAAAUUCAGAAAUACCUUUGAAUCUCUCUAUUUAUCAGUGGUAGGAUUGGAACAUGAUCGUGAACGAGAAGGGUUAUCCAUACAAAUUUUGCAAACUAUUUUAAACACGAUUGAUAAUUAUGAAAUACCCAUGAUGAAAAAUUCAAAGACUUUGAAAAAACUUGGAAAAGUAUCCGAUAAGGCUCAAGUAUCUUUCGAUAGCGCCAAUGCAUUUGAAGAGUUAGAAGGUCAUGAAAUUGUGGAUAAUGUGAUUGGUACGAUAAAAACUAAACAAACAAAGAAAGAAGACGGAAAAGAUCCAAAUGUUCCAACAUUGAGUCUUGAAGAACUGUUGGAUGGAGAUGACUUUGAUUUGCAGAAUAGUGAUGCCAGUAGCGAUUUAAUGAUGGAUGAUAUUCAGCACGACUCAUUCGAUCUCAACAAGAAAUCCAACAACAAGACGAUUCAAGUGAAAAAAAUUAAUAACCGAGAAGAACAAGUCGAAUUUACAAAGCAAUUAUAUGACUUGGAUAAGCAUAGUGUUGCUCUGAGAAAUUCAUUUGCCAACAUUAGAGCUUUCAUAACAGGAUUUGCCAAAACAGCUGUUAACAUUCUCAAAUCUCAAAGAGAAGAAGCAUUUGAUUUAGCUGCUAAAGCUGUCUAUGUCAUGUACUAUGAUGUUGAAACUGAAAGACCUUCCGACAAAUUCCAUACUCUAUUUGAUCUUGUUGCUGAUGCUUGUUUUGUUGGAGAUGGUGUUAAAAAUUACAAAUUGAGAGAGUUAAAAAAGAUUGGACCUAAACCUCUUCUCUUGGAGACAUGUACCACUCGCUAUCAUAGAUUUAUUGAAACAGAUGAUGAUCAUCCAUUCUAUAGCCAACACCACUUCGAUAGCGAGAGAGAAUACGAAAACUUUAAAGAGGUGGAAAAGAAAAAUAUCAGCGAGGCAUUACAACAAUUUAAUCUCUCCAUUGAAAAGGACAUUGAAAAUAGAAGUGUUGAUAUGGACGAAGAUCUCAAGUAUAGACAUGUGAUCAUGCAACAGUUUGUGGAUUGUAUUUUGCAAUAUUCACUAUUUACUGUAGAUCAAGACGACGAAAAAAACAAGGAAGACUCUUCAGAGAAUUUCAUGAAAACCAAAAUACUCACUCUCAAGGAUGAAUCUCUUGAGGUCAUUCAAGCAGUUUCAAACUUUUAUGGAUAUGGAGAUGGUGUAUUUGCAUAUUUGGUUCUUCUCGAGAAAUUAGGAAGAACAUUUAAACAUGCCUAUUCAGAAAUUGGAAACAUUUAUAAGUGUCUGUUGCACUUAAUAAGAACGCUCAUUGCAAGAAAUCUAAUGUCUGCUGGAAAGAUUAAGAAAAAAGAUCGACUACUGGAUGACGAUCCAGUCAUUCAAAGAUAUUACUUGUCUCGUUCUGAAAGAUCUUUGUUUGUUCAAGCAGCCAAGUCCAUUAACCGAGAACUCAAUUUCAUUAUUGACAAUCACUGGAAAUCUGCCAAUGAAACCAUGGAUUCCAUCGUUAUUUUUGCCGUCAAGACGACGACACUUAUGAACGCAUUUACAUGUUUAGAAGAUGCUGAUGGCCACAAUAUGGGUUACAAAACUUUGAAUAUUCGAACGAAAGAAGGUAUCGAGAAUAGUAUGGUUAAUCUCUAUAACUAUUAUCGAGAUAAGAUUAUUCACAAAAUUGCUCAAAAGGAUGCUACCCUUCAACAAGAUGAAUCUGGAGGUUUACAUCCUGUUCACUUGCUCUGUCUGAUGGAUGUGCUGUUAGAACACAUUCCAAGAUAUGAAACACACUUUGAUAUGGCCUUUCCUUCGAGUGUUGGACUGAUGAAAACGGUUUGCAAUCAAGUAUACUCAUGUAUUGAAAUUGAAUUACACAAACUCAAAACAAGCAAAUUCAGAAACUAUACAGAGAAAGGAGAAUUACCUAUUGGACUCUUUGAUUUACCACCAAAAAUUGAAAAAAUUUAUCAAUUAUUAUCUGAACAUGCCAACGUUCAACCAUAUGCUCUUAAAGACAUAUUUAUUCCAUAUGUGUACAAGUGGAUUGAAACAUUUGAAAAAAGUGCAACCGACUGGUGUAAAAGAGCUAUUGAAAUUAGUGAUUGGAAACCAAUAACUGAUGAUGUCACCUACACAACUGCAGUUGUAGAUACAUUUACCUCACUUCGACAAAGCUUGGUUGUUUUAGAGACAAGUUUACAAUUUUUACAGAGUCAAAUUCAACGUCCUGCUCAAUUUGCAAAUCAAUCUAUUCUUGAUUCGUUUAAUUCUCUUGAAGAGUCUACUUCAUCCAAGUUUGGAACAGGAAACUCCUCCCUUGAAACUCUGCCAUUAAUUUAUGUCACUUAUACUCAUGUUAUUGCCUCUGUGAUUGAAAGUUUUGCAAACAUGACUUACAAUAUCUUUGCAGAUUGUACCAUGAAAAUGAAGAAAAUUGAAGAAGAAUAUGUGAAUAGAAGGACGAGUGCUAAAUAUAAAGACAUGAUGUUGAGAAGAAAAACAACAGCUGUACAGCAGGAACAAGAAGAAAAAUUAUAUGAAGAAACUAGAAAAGAUGUCCACAGACAAAUUGUUACUAAAAUGGGUCUCUGUAUGAACAAUAUCUUAGAAUCCAUUAACCAAGUACGAACUUUAUCAGAAGAUAUUCAAAAGCAAUUAUUGAGACAACAAUCAGAAUUAGUAAGCCAAAUUGAUGAAAACUACGAAUUGGGCACUUUGGACGAUGACUUGGAAUCUCAAUCUAUUGAUCUUAGCACUACCACUGGAUCUACACUUUCCAAGAAAAAGAAAGAUGAUCUUCUUGAAGGAAUGGCGAUGAUGCACGAUACGAUGAAAGUAUUGCACAACUCUCUCAAGGAAAUGAUUCGAACCAAGAUGAAUAACCAUCUUUCACAAUUAAUUUUCAAAACUAUGAAAGAGUCAUUGUUGGAUGCAAUUUCUAAAAUCAGUCAGCCUGUAACUCCAACACCAACAAAUUCAAGUCCUGGGCUUAAGACAAGCUCUUCUUCACAAAAAUUAGCGUCUCCAUCCUCUCAAAAUUUGGCUGAUUUGAAUUUGGAUGAUAUCAUGACUCCAUUAUUCGAUUACUUGGAUGAUCAAUUAGCAACUCUUUACACAGUGUUGAACGAUAAGGUAUUUGCUGUGGUUUUAAGAAACAUAUUUGCAAUGUUGGUUGAUGAAUUGAAAGAAUGUGCCAUACCCCCUAUAGAACAACCAACACUUAAUAAGUCGCAGAUUGACAAAUUCAAAACUACAUUCGACUCAUUUAUUGAAUACUUUAAUGCCAAUGGAUCUGGAUUGGACAUGCUAUAUCUAAAAGAGCAUUUCAAAUUUAUUUCUAGUCUAUUUAACUUGAGCCUAACCCCAACGAAGAAGUUAAUUGAUGAUUACAACGAACUCAGUGUACAAAUUGAAGAUGUUAUUAAUUUGAUAGAGUCAAUGAAUAAGGAUCUCGCUCGAAAAGAUGAUCCAGAUGCCAUCAAUGAUUUAAAACACCAAAUAGCAGAUGCUGAAGAAGCCAAAGACAAGAUUACUGUUACCAAGAAUUAUAUUUUUGCUGUUUUGCAUAGACGAGCCAUGGACACACGUUCUAAAAAGAUCAGUGAUACAGAAGCUAACAAAUUUGUUACUUCAGAAAUGUCUCUCUACGAAGCGAAUCAAGCAAUCAUUAACGAUGACUAUGAACUUUUUCAAAAAUCUUUGAAAACUUCCAAAGAUAACUAUCAACAAGCGAAACAAGCUCUUGACAAUACUAAAAAAGAAGUUGAAUCUUUGAAGAAGCAGUAUAAACAUGUUAAAUCCAUGAGAGUCAUUACCAAUGAAAGAAAGAACAAUAGAUUUAAAUGUAAAGAGUUGAGAAAAGAAAUUGACGAAUUGGAACACAAAAAGACUCUAUUGCAACAAGAGGAAGAGGCAAUCAAAAAGUUAGUUGCUACUGAAUCUGAAAUCAUUGAAAAGGCAUUCUUCGAUUUGGAAACGAGCGAUUACAUUAAGGAUAUUUCAUUUAGGCUUGACGCCUUUGUAAGAUCGUGUAAGAAAGGGCUUGCAGGUCAGUUAGGAGAAGAAUUUAUGAAUUUCAUGAAGUUCCCAACCAAACUUGCUGGAGUCACCGAGGAGGAAACAAAACUUGUGAUUACAGACUUUUUCCGAUGUAUGUUCAGAGGAAACGAUGGAUUCUUGUGUUUGCUGAGCUCGCCUGAUAUAUGUAUUAGUUGGAUCCCAAUUCUUUCUCUCAUCAAAUUAUUCAAGCUUGAUGUCAUGAAAACGACAUCUUCCAACAAGCAAUACUCCAUGUUGGAUUAUCUCAACCCAUUGAAUGCUCUCAGAGGAACAGCUCAACUCUUCACCUCUUCUGAACCACAAUAUAACACUCAAAUUGAUUACAUUAAGGUCUCUGUAGGAAAAAUUAAGAGCGUUUUCAGAUCUACAUUUGGUGCAAAUUCACUCGACAAUUCCAUUACUGUCAGCAAGUCAGAUAAGGAUUUCCAAUUCUCCUGCUUCAAAGAUCGUGAGAAAGCAUUCGAAGUGAUUCAAGCGUUUAUUCUCAAGAACGCAAGUCAAUUCAAAUCCAAAGAUUCAUCCAUUGUCAACAAAUUAUUAUUCAUGGGAACAAGUACCACGAAAGAAGAUGAGCAAGAUGAUUCUGAUAUUGCCAACGCUUAUACGCAAGCAAAAGUUAUUAAGAAGGGUUACCCAGUUUCAGAGUCUGUACGAAAGAUUUUCAACUUGAAAGCUGAGACACGGUUGUUCAACAAGUACAGCUGUACUGAGUUUGAUUCCAAGUUGAUUGGAGAAUUUUAUGUGUUCUCAGAUUCUGUUUGCUUUACAACAACAGUGAAUUCCGGAUCUUGCCAAAAGAUGAUUUUACCUUUCACACAGCUUGUGAAAAUAUCCAAAGUUGGAAAGAAGAAUUUACAUUACAAGCAAUGUAUUCAGCUCACAAAUGCACAACGAGUUAGUUACACAUUUGUAAACUUUAAGAACAGUGAUGACGUAUUCCAAGAAAUUAUUGACGUGUUUAAGAGAAAUUGUCCUGAUAUUGAAGUAGUAUUGAGAGCAGAUAAUUCGAUUGCUAUCCCAGUUCACCCAACCCAAGAAACUCCUCAAGGAUUGAUGAACAUUAACAAAUACACCAAAUUCUUCAAAUUGUAA